UCUGACAGAGGACUAUGGAAAGAUGGGGUCUGAACUCUUGUUCUGUAUCUUUGCUACUGGAUAUGGUUUGAUUCUCUACGUUUUCGUCUUUCUUUCUUCAUUCUUGGAAAGAAGAAUCUUGUGAUGUACGGCUCGGUCUGAGAGAGCAUGGAAAGAACGAUGUCUGAAUUCUGGUCCUGCUUCGUUUGCAUAUAACAUGAUUCCUUGUCUCCUCGUUUUCAUUCUCUCCUUUCUCUCCUUUAUGCAUCAGGUUCUUGUCUUAGUUUGAGGUAACCAUAGACCAGACCAUCAGAGUAGAUGUCUGAAUUCUGGUCCUGCUUCGUUUGCAUAUAAUAUGAUUCGUUGUCUCAUAGUUUUCAUUCUCUCAUUUCUCUCCUUUCUGCAUCAUGUUCUUGUCUUAGUUUGAGGAAAGCAGAGACCAGACCAUCAGAGUAGAUGAUACAAGGACUACUAUGAUACGGUUGACAAACGUUUAGAGAUCAUAGCUCUAAGAACUGUUUCGAGAUCAUAUCUCUUAGAACUGUAGAGAGUACGAUAGUGCGUCGGCUGGAAGAAAUGAAGACUUCCGGUCGCGUCUCAUGUUUAUGAUCUGUAGGCAGCUAAGACAUGACGCCUAGAAUUCCAGUGAAUGAGAAGAAGGCCACUGUGAAGCAAAUAUUGUUUCGACUUCAAUUGUCAAAUCUGAAGUUUCCUCAUACAAAAGCCAGCAUCAAGAACUUGACACUGCUGCCGAUGGCGUGGGGUGAAAGCAGCAAUGCGAUGAGGAACCAAGUACAGGAGGUGUUCGGAGCCGGUGGGGGGAACGGUUCAGACUCCACGGGCCUCAUGGAGGCUUUGCUUCGACAAUCUGAGAUCAUGAAUGAACAGGAACAGUCCUUAGCAAGUUUGGUGCCUACGUCAAGCUUCAUGGAUAAACUCAUCCUGCAGUGUAUGGGACGAUCUCUUCACGUGAUAUCGGUCUCCGGACAAAUCACCUACUGGAAUCCCAUGGCAGAGCGGCUGUUUGGGUACUCCGCAGAGCAAGCGGUCGGACAGAGCGCUGUGGACCUCCUGUGCAAUAAUGAUAAUCACGACUAUGCUGUCCAGAUCUGCGAGAGAACCAAGAGUGGAAUUUCGUGGUCAGGCCGAUUUCCUCUAAGAACAUCUGGUGGAGAAGAUUUCACCGGAGCGGUCUGCGCUUCGCCUUUGAUCAGUGACAAGGGUGAAUUGUUCGGCAUUAUUGCAAUCUGCAGCCGACUCGACUCCUACCAGUACUUGAUUGAUCAACCAAAAGAGUACAUUCGACGUGCUGGUAAGGCACCAAUGCAGCCAGUACCGGAACUGCCUCCAAGGGGAUAUUCUGGUCACAUUGGCAUGAGCGACCCAGAAAGAGAAGGCCACAAACUUUCUGAAUCACAGAAUACCGUAGCUUCUGUUCGGAAUGUGACGGAGAAUGCCUCCACAUCUUUGGUCCUUGCUUCUGAUCUCAAAGUGGACCAAAGUGUUGUUUCUUUUCGGAAUGUGACGGAGAAUGCCUCCACAUCUUUGGUCCUUGCUUCUGAUCUCAAAGUGGACCAAAGCGUAGUUUCUGUUCGGAAUGUGACGGAGAAUGCCUCCACAUCUUUGGUCCUUGCUUCUGAUCUCAAAGUGGACCAAAGCGUAGUUUCUGUUCGGAAUGUGACGGAGAAUGCUUCCACAUCUUUGGUCCUUGCUUCUGAUCUCAAAGUGGACCAAAGCGUAGUUUCUGUUCGGAAUGUGACGGAGAAUGCCUCCACAUCUUUGGUCCUUGCUUCUGAUCUCAAAGUGGACCAAAUGGCUUCUGGUCGGAGGAGAGAAACAAUCCAACACUUCACUCCUGUCCACAGUUGGUCUCACGUCAACAAUGCUAGCAGCAGCAGCAGCCAGAAUUUCAACUUGCCAGGCAGUUCAGCUUCAAGCCAGGGACCAGAACCGGACCAAAUGCCGCUUGCAGGCUUCGAGAUUCCAUGGAGAGAGAUAAGAUUCGGAGCACGGAUCGGUGAAGGGUCCUGCGGAACCGUGUACCGUGCUACUUGGCUGGGAUCAGAUGUAGCGGUGAAGCUGUUUUCUGGACAAGCUUAUUGUCCGGAGGUGCUUGACGAGUUUCGACAAGAAGUUUCCAUAAUGAAAGCAAUGCGUCAUCCGAACGUGCUCCUCUUCAUGGGGGCAAUCACGGAGCCUAGGCACAUGUCCAUCGUCACGGAGUUCGUCCCGCGAGGAAGUCUAUUCCGGAUCCUUCACCGCAGUGGACAAGGACUGAGCUGGAACCGGCGGCUCGCCAUGGCCCUCGAUAUUGCACUGGGAAUGAACUAUCUGCACAACCGGUCCCCACCCAUUCUACACCGGGAUCUGAAGUCUUCCAAUCUUCUAGUAACUGAGCACUGGAGGGUGAAGGUUGGCGACUUUGGCCUCUCACGACUCAAGAGCUCCAGAUAUCUGACUCGAAAUUCUGACAAGGGUACUGCUCAGUGGAUGGCCCCCGAGGUGCUUCGCGACGAGCCAUAUUCUGAAAAGUCGGACGUGUACAGCUUCGGGAUCAUUCUGUGGGAGCUCGCUACGAGGAAGAUUCCAUGGGGCGAGAUGAGCAUUCUGGAGGUCGUAGGUGCUGUUGGAAUGCUGGAUCGCAGGUUGGAUAUGCCGGAAGAAGUCGACAUACAGUACGUUGAGCUCACCGAAGCUUGCUGGUCGAGUGAUUCCACAAUUCGGCCUUCAUUCAGUAAUGUGGUUUCUAGGUUGAAACACUUGAUAAAGAUGAGAGCGAGAAGCUAAGGAAAUCCAGUUCGAUCACGUGGUACGAACAGAGAUAUGGAGGCAUUUGUCAUGCUUGCGAUACAUUUUUAGCGUGCCGUCGGCAGAAUACAUGAGACUUGAGAUCGAAAAUGUCGACUGGGAGUUAUGAUGGUUAAAAAUUUGGCAAGGGCACUUGCAAGUUCCAGUAAUUGAUAUGUUUGAGUGUUGGUAACUGCAAGGCGAGAUCAGGGACGACCUUGUGUGAUGUUUGACUCGGAUGGGAAGAGGAGAGUGAGGUCAACUUCUGAUGCAGCUCUCGUUUCAGUUUUCAAGGCCCUCCGGUCAGGCAUGUCUAGUAUCCUGCUAAUGGAUCAAGAGAUUAGUCUCUUGAUGCAUAUGUUGUUUUACAGCUUUCACUAGUAGUGUGGUAGGUAGCGCAAAAUAAGUUAGGUACUAAUUGCAUUCAGUAGAUAGUGUCGAAGGGUUAGGUUCAUUUGCCUAGCUACUCAGCAGCUUUAGUUUGGCGAUCGGUGUGAAGAUCUGUACAAAAUGGGAUCACACCAUUUUCAGGUCUAUUUUAGUUGCCAACUGUGUAUUAAUCGGUGCGAGGGUUUGGACCUAUUUGAAAUAUAUUUUGGAUUGUAAUAAAGUAUUUUCCUUCUUGAUGAA